UAGGCCCUUCGGGGGCGGAGGCGACCGUGUUUUCUUUGGCUGAGGGGCUGGGGACGCCGGCGGCCGAGCGACAAGAUGAAUUUCCUCCGCGGGGUGAUGGGGGGCCAGAGUGCCGGACCCCAGCACACAGAAGCCGAGACGAUUCAAAAGCUCUGUGACCGAGUAGCUUCAUCUACUUUACUGGAUGACCGAAGGAAUGCUGUGCGUGCUCUUAAAUCCUUAUCUAAGAAAUACCGCUUGGAAGUGGGAAUCCAAGCUAUGGAACAUCUUAUCCAUGUGUUACAAACGGAUCGUUCUGAUUCUGAAAUAAUAGCUUAUGCUUUGGACACACUCUAUAAUAUAAUAUCUAAUGAUGAAGAGGAAGAAGUAGAUGAUGUUGAAGAAGAAAAUUCUACAAAACAGAGUGAGGAUUUGGGAAGCCAGUUUACAGAAAUUUUCAUUAAGCAGCCAGAAAAUGUCACUCUCCUGUUAUCUUUGUUGGAGGAGUUUGAUUUUCAUGUCCGCUGGCCUGGCGUGAGACUCCUGACUUCUCUUUUAAAGCAACUAGGGCCCCCUGUGCAGCAGAUUAUCCUGGUCAGUCCCAUGGGUGUUUCCAGACUUAUGGACUUACUGGCAGAUUCCAGAGAAAUUAUACGUAAUGAUGGUGUCUUACUGCUGCAGGCACUAACAAGGGGCAACGGAGCAAUCCAGAAGAUCGUUGCUUUUGAAAAUGCUUUUGAGAGGCUACUGGACAUUAUUACAGAGGAAGGAAACAGUGACGGAGGUAUAGUAGUAGAAGAUUGUUUGAUUUUGCUUCAAAACUUGUUAAAAAACAACAAUUCCAAUCAAAACUUUUUUAAAGAAGGCUCAUAUAUUCAACGUAUGAAACCUUGGUUUGAAGUUGGAGAUGAAAAUUCUGGUUGGUCAGCACAGAAAGUGACCAAUCUACAUUUAAUGCUGCAGCUUGUCCGAGUACUAGUGUCUCCUACCAACCCUCCCGGUGCGACCAGCAGCUGCCAGAAGGCCAUGUUCCAGUGUGGGUUACUGCAGCAGCUUUGCACCAUCCUGAUGGCUACGGGAAUUCCUGCUGAUAUCCUGACCGAGACCAUAAAUACUGUAUCCGAAGUUAUCCGAGGCUGCCAAGUCAACCAAGACUACUUUGCUUCUGUGAAUGCACCUUCAAAUCCCCCAAGACCAGCAAUUGUUGUACUUCUCAUGUCCAUGGUGAAUGAAAGGCAGCCGUUUGUGUUACGCUGUGCUGUUCUCUACUGUUUCCAGUGCUUUUUAUAUAAAAACCAGAAAGGACAAGGAGAAAUCGUGGCAACACUUCUACCCUCCACUAUUGAUGCAACAGGUAACUCGGUCUCAGCUGGUCAGCUGCUCUGCGGAGGUCUGUUUUCUACAGAUUCUCUUUCAAACUGGUGCGCUGCUGUGGCCCUCGCCCAUGCACUGCAGGGGAACGCCACCCAGAAGGAGCAGCUGCUCAGGGUCCAGCUGGCCACAAGCAUUGGCAACCCUCCGGUGUCCCUGCUGCAGCAGUGUACCAACAUCCUUUCCCAGGGAAGUAAAAUACAGACAAGAGUUGGGUUAUUAAUGUUGCUUUGUACCUGGCUGAGCAACUGUCCCAUUGCAGUAACACACUUUCUUCACAAUUCAGCCAAUGUUCCAUUCCUUACAGGACAAAUUGCAGAAAAUCUCGGAGAGGAAGAACAGUUGGUCCAAGGCUUAUGUGCCCUUCUUUUGGGCAUUUCUAUUUAUUUCAAUGAUAAUUCACUAGAAAACUACAUGAAAGAGAAACUAAAGCAACUAAUAGAGAAGAGGAUUGGCAAAGAGAAUUUCAUAGAGAAACUAGGAUUUAUUAGCAAACACGAGUUAUACUCCAGAGCAUCCCAGAAACCCCAGCCAAACUUCCCGAGUCCAGAAUACAUGAUAUUUGAUCAUGAGUUUACAAAGCUGGUGAAAGAACUUGAAGGUGUUAUUACUAAGGCUAUUUAUAAGUCCAGUGAAGAAGAUAAGAAAGAGGAGGAGGUAAAGAAAACAUUAGAACAGCAUGACAGCAUUGUGACUCACUAUAAGAAUAUGAUUCGUGAGCAAGACCUACAGCUAGAAGAAUUGAAGCAGCAAGUUUCUACAUUGAAAUGUCAAAACGAACAGCUUCAGACUGCAGUCACACAGCAGGCGUCUCAGAUUCAGCAGCACAAGGAUCAGUAUAAUCUCCUUAAAGUCCAGCUCGGAAAAGACAAUCACCAUCAAGGUUCCCACGGUGAUGGGGCUCAGGUGAAUGGCAUACAGCCUGAAGAAAUCAGUCGGCUGAGGGAAGAGGUGGAAGAGCUAAAAAGUCAGCAGGGGCUCUUACAAAGCCAGCUAGCCGAAAAGGACUCUUUGAUAGAAAAUUUGAAAUCUUCACAAGUGUCUGCUGGGAACGAACAGGCGUCAGCAGCAGCUUCACCCAGAGAUUCCGAGCAAGUCGUAGAAUUAAAACAGGAACUGACAGCUCUGAAGUCCCAGUUAAACUCACAGUCUCUGGAGAUGACCAGACUCCAGGCAGAAAAUCGUGAGCUGCUACAGAGAGCAGAAGCCUUGGCAAAGUCAGCCCCUGUUGAGGGAGAGAGUGAGAAUGUGGCCACUGCUAAAACUACUGAUGUAGAAGGAAGGCUGUCUGCCUUGCUGCAGGAGACAAAAGAAUUAAAGAAUGAAAUUAAAGCUCUGUCUGAGGAGAAAACUGCCAUUAAAAUGCAGCUGGAUUCAUCUAACAGCACCAUCGCCAUCCUACAAAUGGAGAAAGACAAGUUAGACAUAGAAGUGACUGAUUCUAAGAAAGAACAAGAUGAUCUCUUGGUACUGUUGGCUGAUCAGGAUCAGAAAAUUCUGUCACUGAAGAGUAAACUCAAGAUCCUCGGCCAUCCAGUUGAAGAAGAAGAUGAAUCUGGAGACCAAGAUGAUGAUGACGAUGAAACUGAUGAUGGUGACAAGGACCAAGACAUCUAGCUUAAACCCUAGGAGUUAUAAAGAUUAUGUCAUUACUUUGAACAAGUCUUAAGACAGUGCUUUGGUUUGCCGCCUCCACAAAAAAAAAAAAAAAAA